AUGCAGAACUGUCACACCCAGUUUAAAACCGGAUGUUUCUACGAAAAGAACUCACCGUAUUACUGUCACAGGGAUGCGUGGUGCGCGAACGAGUCACUGGUGUUGUUCGACACAGAUGAGACCUCGAAGUCGUGCGCCCCUUGGGAAAAAUUCUGUGUGACUGCAGUGACGACCAUCAAUAAGGCGUUCACAUCGGUGACACGUGGAUGUGGUGAACGUUGCUCUGAACUUUGCGAAUCCAUCGGAUACGGUCACGACCAGGUGAACUGCGAUGACUGCUGUGAGGAGGACCUAUGUAAUUCGAACUUUUCUGUGCAGUACUACCAGGAGAUGAUGAGCCGACAAUAUACUUCGUGGUUCAUUCCGUUGCCCGGUGAGGUCAACUGGAACAGAAAGCACAAAUAUAGGUUUCCUUACUAA